UGUCCACAGGAGCCGGAGGAGGACUCCUUGAGGAACUUUGAGCAGCUGGUGCGAGGCGUCUGGAGACCGGAAACCAACGAGCUCCUGAAGAUGACAUACCCGACCAAGGUGACUCUGCUGGGAUCGGUUCUGUUCUCUCUCCAGCAGUGUCACUUCCUCCCGAUCCAGACGCAUCAUCUAAUCUUCAUCUACACGCUCUUCAUCGUCACCAACAAGACGCGGAUGAUGUUGUUGGGCUCAUCGUCGUAUCCGUUUUCAGCGGUGGAGUCCCUGAUCUACAAGACUCUGUUUGUCCGACCUUUGACCUUUUCACCUCUGAGCGACUCGACCCCGAGCUGCCUCUCUUCUCCGAUCAACAAACCCAACGGAUCGGCUUCCACCAAACCAGACCAAAGCGACCCCAAAGACGCAGAGAGCAGUAAAAAGACGGACUGAAGCUGCCGGAGAACAGACGGUUUACUGUAGCUGAAGAAUCCGCGUCAAACCUUUCUACACAAUGUUUUAACGCACAGAAGCUCUUUUUAUCUUGAUUCCUGAUAUGUAUAUAUUUGCUUGAUUCACAGAGAAUUCUAUUAUUUUCUAUCCUGUUUAAUGGUGAGGAUAAUAUAUUUUAAUAAUGUUUGUAAUGCAUUUAUGAAUGUAAUGCACUGAAAGUCGAAUGCUGAAGCCCGUUUUAAGACGUUUUGAGUGCUGAAAUUAUUGAAUACAAUUCACUUGCUUCCGA